AUGCCAGACCUUCAACGUCCCUACUUGCAAAGCUACCCCAACGGCGAAGGGUAUUUCGGUCGUUUUGGCGGCAACCAUUAUCCACCCGAGCUUCGGCCAGCGCUGGAGGAACUGGCCAGUAGCUACCAGGAACUUCAUCAAACGCCAGAAUUCCAGCGUGCACUCAAUAAUGCGCGAGUUGGGCUUCAAGGGCGGCCAACCCCAAUCCAUUACCUCGAAAACCUUUCAAAACAGGUCGGUGGCGCUCAGAUCUUCAUCAAACGAGAAGAUUUGAAUCACACGGGCGCGCAUAAAAUAAACCACUGUGUUGGUUUCGCACUUCUCGCCAAGAAAAUGGGCAAGAAGAAAUUAAUCGCCGAGACUGGGGCCGGCCAGCACGGCGUCGCACUCGCAACUGCAGCGGCUUAUUUUGGCCUUGAAUGCGAAGUUCACAUGGGGGAGGUCGAUAUCGCUAAACAGAGCUCGAAUGUCGGUCGCAUGCAGCUACUCGGUGCGCACGUGGUAUCAGCAACUACUGGCCAGUCUGCGCUGAAAGAGGCGAGCGAUUCCGCUUUCAACGCGUAUCUAGAGCAGCAUGCGCACGCGCUUUACGCGAUCGGCUCAGCUAUUGGGCCACAUCCCUUCCCAAUGAUUGUUCGAGACUUUCAAGGCGUGGUUGGUCGAGAAGCCCGUGAGCAAUUCAUGUCCCUUACGAAUGGAAGCUUGCCCGAGCAUGUAGUUGCCUGUGUCGCAGGCGGUUCCAAUGCUAUGGGUAUGUAUUCUGGCUUUAUUGAUGAUCCGGAGGUUGUUCUGCAUGCUGUGGAGCCUCUCGGUAAAUCUGAUGAAUUAGACCAACAUGCAGCGACGCUAUCAUAUGGAAGACUGGGAACAUUACAUGGUGCUCGAUCGAUUGUGCUGCAAAGAGACGACGGCACGCCUGCUAGUGUCUCCUCCGUAGCAUCAGGGCUUGCCUACCCGGGCGUGGGCCCAGAGAUUGCGAUGCUCCAUGAAGCCGAUCGGAUUUCCAUUUCAGCAGUUUCCGACAAGGAAGCCAUCAGAACAUUUUUCCGUAUGGCAAAGCUCGAGGGGAUUAUCAUUGCAUUGGAGAGUGCGCAUGCAUUGGCGUUUGCGAUCCGCUUGGCGUCGCAGUGCCUUUCAUCCGAACGAAUACUGGUCAACCUUUCGGGGCGCGGGGACAAAGAUGUUGACUACGUACUUGAGAAUUACGGGACGGAUGCCUCAGCAACCCUUUCAUAG